AUGGCGUUCGACAAGAAGAAUCUCAGCAACGACGAGCUCGCUCGAUCCCCCACGCACGCUGCUGGUGAGGUGCAGGAUCUCGAAAAGUACACGACGAAAGAUGCCGUCUUCGGAGAGAUCACACAAGGAGGUCCCAACUACCGCAACGUAGGCCAUUCCAAUUGCUUGGAACUGUUGAAGGUCGGCUGA